AUGCACAAGCAGUGGAUGGCACUGUCCAAGCAAGCAGAAAAAAACCUAAAACAAUAUCAGGAGCAAAAUCUUCCUGGCUUUUUACUUGCCCUUGCUGGGGAAUUGGCUAAUGACGAGAAGCCUGUUGAGAGUCGUAAAUUAGCAGGUUUGAUCCUCAAAAAUGCAUUGGAUGCCAAAGAACAACAUCGGAAGUUUGAGCUCCUUCCAGCUCACACCAAGCAGGCCACCCUUGAAACUCUUGGGUAUAUCUGUGAAGAAGUUUCCUCGAUGUGGUGGCAGGAUCAUGUAAAUAAGAUACUUACAGCUGUAGUUCAGGGUAUGAGCAAUUCUGAGAGUAACAAUGAUGUAAGGCUUGCUGCUACACGAGCACUGUAUAAUGCUCUUGGUUUUGCUCAGGCAAACUUCUCAAAUGACAUGGAACGUGACUACAUCAUGAGAGUUGUCUGCGAGGCUACUCUUUCUCCAAAAUGGGAGUGUUUGAAAGAAAUACUGGUAGGUGAUUGGACAGAUGGAAUACUAUGCAGCAUAGGAAUGCCUGUGAUUAAAGGAUCAGAGCGUUAUAAUUGUCAAGUUAUGUGUUUGAAUAGGAAAAUUAUCAUGAUCCGCCCCAAAUUGUGGCUUGCAAAUGAUGGAAAUUACCGGGAACUUCGAUGGUUUACGGCAUGGAAGCAAAAAGACCAGCUGGUGGACUUCCAGCUCCCAAAUGAAAUUUCUGAGGCUUUGUCUCAGAAAUCGGUGCCUUUUGGUUAUGGGUUCCUUCAGUUUUUAGACACAGCUGUUGCUGUAGAAGUUUGUGAAGAGCUUUUUACUCCUGUUCCCCCUCAUGCUGACCUUGCAUUGAAUGGAGUUGAAGUGUUUAUGAACGCCAGUGGAAGUCACCACCAAUUAAGAAAGCUUGAUUAUCGCAUUCGUUCUUUUAUAAGUGCUACUCAAUCUCGUGGAGGGGUUUACAUGUACAGUAAUCAACAAGGAUGCGAUGGUGGCCGCCUCUAUUUUGAUGGAUGUUCUUGUGUUGUUGUAAAUGGAGAUAUGAUUGCUCAAGGCUCACAAUUUUCAUUAAAAGAUGUGGAGGUUGUGGUUGCACAAGUAGAUCUAGAUGCGGUUGCUAGCCUGAGAGGAUCCAUAAGUAGUUUUCAGGAGCAAGCAAGUUGCAAAACCAGAAUAGCAUCUGUGGCGGUGCCGUACAGUCUAUGUCAAUCUUUUAACCUGAAAAUGUCACUUUCGAGUCCACUUCAGAUUGUGUAUCACCCUCCCGAGGAGGAAAUAGCCUUUGGGCCUGGUUGUUGGCUGUGGGACUAUUUAAGAAGAAGUGGAGCUUCUGGAUUCUUGCUUCCCCUUUCUGGUGGAGCUGAUAGCUCCUCUGUGGCUGCUAUUGUUGGAUGCAUGUGCCAACUUGUUGUAAAAGAGAUUGCAAAUGGGGACGAACAAGUCAAAGCUGAUGCAAUACGAAUUGGACAUUAUACUGAUGGACAGUUUCCUACUGACAGCAAGGAAUUCGCAAAACGAAUUUUUUAUACAGUCUAUAUGGGGUCUGAAAACAGUUCUGAAGAAACAAGGAUGCGUGCAAAGAAGCUAGCGGAUGAGAUUGGCUCAUGGCACCUUGAUGUUUGCAUAGACAGUGUUGUUUCUGCUCUUCUAUCUUUAUUUCAAACACUUACUGGAAAGCGGCUACGUUAUAAGGUAGAUGGGGGAUCUAACAUUGAGAACCUGGGAUUGCAAAACAUUCAAGCUCGAAUCAGAAUGGUGCUGGCAUUUAUGUUAGCAUCACUGUUGCCUUGGGUUCAUAAUAAACCAGGGUUUUAUCUGGUAUUGGGUAGUUCCAAUGUGGAUGAAGGCUUACGUGGUUAUCUGACAAAGUAUGAUUGCAGCUCAGCAGAUAUAAAUCCCAUUGGAAGCAUUAGUAAACAGGAUUUGCGACAAUUUCUACGAUGGGCUGCGGCCCAUCUCGGUUACUCUUCCUUAGCAGAAAUUGAAGCAGCUCCACCUACCGCUGAAUUAGAGCCCAUACGUUCAAACUACAGCCAGCUGGAUGAAGUAGACAUGGGAAUGACAUAUGAGGAACUCUCAGUGUAUGGAAGGUUACGGAAAAUUUUCCGAUGUGGUCCAGUAUCAAUGUUCAAGAAUCUCUGCUACAGAUGGGGUGCAAGAUUAACCCCAUCAGAGGUGGCUGAUAAAGUCAAAUACUUCUUCAAGUACUAUUCCAUUAAUCGACACAAAAUGACUGUAUUAACUCCUUCGUAUCACGCCGAGAGUUAUUCACCAGAGGAUAACAGGUUUGAUCUGCGACAAUUUCUCUACAAUGCGAGAUGGCCAUACCAAUUUCGCAAGAUUGAUCAGCUUGUUAAGGAGUUGGAUGGUGAGAAAAUUCCUUUUAAAGAAGCUAGUGAACAGGAGCUGAUGGUUGCGGCAUCAGCUGUUGGUGGGAUGGGAGUUGUGGCAGCAGGUUCAGGCAACCCAAAAGCUGGUCACUAGUUCAAAUAGAGCUUCAUUUAUGUUUGAUUAAAUGCAGACAAAUGUCUCUAAUUGAUUUUUUUGUUAAGUUAUAAAAUAUGUAAUAGUAGAAUAAAAGGUUCAUUGAUAUAUUUCAAUGAAUAAAGCAUCCACGUAAAACAGGAGCAUUUCGGCUUCUUCUUUUAGUUAAAAUGUAUAUUGAUUGUUUAUUCCAUCCAAGUGAAAAUCUUCACUCCA